GGGCGAGGCAUGGCCCUUGUCCUAGUUCGCCCACCAUGAUAAACAAAAUACGAAGAUUUGCUUGAUUUAGCUGCCACAAUUGUGUCGAUUUACUGGGGCCAUUUUUUAUACUACCACUCAUUUAUUCCCCUACCUACGUCCUUGGCGAAAGUAGUUAACUUACUACUUUCGUCGGUGCAUGGUUCCUACAUUAUCGCUGGCCAGUGGCACGCUCCCACGAAGCUAACCGCUUUACCCAAUUAUGCCUGUUUUGCAGUUCAAAGGUUGAUAUAUAUAUAUUAUUGUGUUACAGACACGCAGCAACUUGGCUGUGUUUUGGAAGGUCAACGAGAGCCUCAAACGAGGCAACCGUGGCGGGCGAACCAGGCAGCCUUGAGCCCACCCUCUCAUCAUCAAUAUCACAAAAAUUUCCAAUUGCAUAUUGAUUGCAUUUCGUUCGCAAGGGAAGACCGCGUUCCCACCAUCUCAGAUUGAACUGAGACUGCACAUAUCAGCGGGUAAGAUAAUGAAACCAGCCUUUUAUCCGAUCCUCUCAGCUGUUGUUUCCUUUUUUGCGAACCAUCAGCCCAGCCCAGCCAAGCCAAUUGUGAAUUGUGGCUGCUUGGUUGACCACCCCUCACUCAAAGCCAAACAUGGAACCCAACCCCCAAUGGCGAUGCUGGACAAGCCUGGAACCUUGGUGGAUAUACGUCAGGCAGCCCUGAACGAGAACAAGGCCACAUUGGUACCCACCACUCACUUGCUUCCACCUCUUGCCCUGUCUUGUCUACCUACCUUACAUGCAUCUGUAUCCCUUGGGAUCUAACCUUUUGCUUCUCCUUCUCUCCUUCUCUGUAACAAUCACAGCAUAAUUAUGGUUGACCGAAUUCUGUACUGCAGAAUUCUCUUCAUUUGACAGUUUCUCACUCUUCUCUAGCUCUCUCUCUCCCUCACUUACAGGCGCGCGCCGGUUGGGCUCGGCACGGUCUCCCAUGCUUUGUCAUAGCCUAACAUGGCAGGCAUUACGGACAAAUGGGUCCGACAUUUGAGGACUCGCGACCGCCAGGACAAGGCAGAUUCACACUCUUUUGCGUGCGAUAUCUGCGGCGACGAAAUCAAGACGUUAGAAGCUUGGCUCGAACACGCCAAAUCCGAUCAGGAGCAUCGGGAAAAGUGGCCGACGCUGGAAUCAGCGCAACUAUCAUACGUUAAUAAGGGGUCAGUUCACUCCCCAGCUCGGUUCAGUGGUAUCGCUGUACCUGCAUAGCAAUAUACAUACUCAUUCAUCUUCUUCUUGCAGAUCCAAUAGACCAAAUAGUCAGGACUCCAAUAGCAGGAAGCGACGUGCAGACACCACCAAUGGGACUGCAGGGGACCAAACCACAACGGGCAAUGCAGUCGAUCAAGACCGAGAUGCCGAUGGCCACCAGGCAAAGCGUCGGUCGCCUGAACCGGGCGCUCAAGGCCGUAGCCGUGCCCGUAAUGACUACCGGAACGACUACGGGGGUCGGCCCCACCAGAACACAUCAGGCCGCCAGCUCUGGACCUCCGAUGAUGGUGUUCAGCAAAAGUCACAGGGUCAAGGGCGGGCUGUCUCUCUUGGUUCGCCCAGGCAAGGGCCUACCAAGGCAAACAGACCUACCCAGCCUGCCACACAACAAGUCAGUCGGCCUUCAUCCAAUGAUGAUGAGUCCACCUCCAAGAUGAUGCGUCAACCAGAGACAAGACCCAUCUCACAAGAUCAGCUUGUCGCAGAGGUGAAAGGCAUCUACGCAGGACUGGUCAUGGUUGAGACAAAGUGCAUCGAAGUUGACAAUGCCCAAUCAUCCAACACUGAUGCUAAUUCAAAACUUAACAACGAACAAUGGCAGGCUUUGAUUGCACUUCACCGAACACUCCUCCAUGAGCAUCAUGACUUCUUUCUUGCAAGUCAACACCCCUCUGCCAGCCCUGCUUUGCGAAGGUUGGCUUCCAAGUAUGCUAUGCCUGCUCGUAUGUGGCGACACGGCAUUCACUCGUUUCUUGAACUUCUUCGACAUCGUCUGCCUGCCUCUCUAGAGCACAUGCUCACCUUUCUGUAUUUGGCUUACAGUAUGAUGGCCUUGCUAUACGAAACUGUGCCUGCUUUUGAGGAUACGUGGAUCGAGUGUCUUGGAGACCUUGGUAGAUAUCGCAUGGCCAUUGAGGACGACGAUAUCAGAGACCGUGAGGUGUGGACUGGCGUAAGUCGUCACUGGUACAGCAAAGCAUCUGAUAAGUCCCCUACUACGGGUAGACUUUAUCACCAUCUGGCCAUCUUGGCCCGUCCCAAUGCCCUGCAGCAGCUGUACUACUACACCAAGUCCCUCUGUGUUCCUAUUCCUUUUUCAAGCGCACGGGAAAGUAUAAUGACGUUGUUUGAUCCUGUGUUGAACAACAAUACGGCCCGUCUUGCCCCUGUUGAUGCUGCAUUCGUGCGCGCUCAUGGAAUCCUCUUCUCUGGGAAGUCCCGAGACCAGUUGCCAGAGUCAACGGAUAGCUUUAUUGAUUCACUUGAUGGUCAUAUUGGUCGGGUAACUAAGCGAUGGUUGGAAUCAGGAUAUUAUAUUGCCAUUGCUCUGUCAUGUUCUCUACUCGGGUAUGGUGCUGAGUCCAAUGUUCUUAUGCGGGCCAUGUCCAAGAAGCCCGAAGAGACUGACGUCACCAUGGAUGGGAACACAAUCUCCGAGGCUACCCCUGACGAGACAUUCAAGCUUGCGCUUGACUUUGCAACCCGGACGAUUUCGCGAGUUCUUUAUCGCUGGGGAGACACCAAUACGUUGCCUUUCGUGCAUUCCAUCCUGGUCUUCAUGAAUUUCAUGACACAGUAUCCAGCGGCUAUUUCCCAUUUGGAGGACGCAUAUCCCUGGAAACUAACUUCCAUUAUGCUUAACACUCUCUUGCUUUCCUGCGAGCCUGGGUAUGAGAUUCGUGGCCACUUCCGCCUACCGGAAAAGGACCGGCUCCCGCACCCGUUGCCCGAGGACUUUGCCAUGCGAGGCCUGCUCUACGCCGAGGACUACUUCCCCAACGACUGGUUCAGUAAUGACAAGAUAGACGAGGACGAGAAGUCCUUUGAGUUACCGUCUGUCUCGGAAGAGCGCAAGGACCGUAUCCUGUCCCUUGGACACAAGAUUGCAUCCUCAGGUAACUGGCUUCUUUGGAAUGGAGAAACUCGCCAAUUCGAGGUUCCAGAAAAGUAUAACGUCAAAAUAAACCUAGACAGCAGGCAAAAGGACAACGCCGAGUUACAGAACAUGCCCAUAUGAGCUCACUGUCGGCUAAUUUGGCAGGGUAUUCUCCAUGCUCACACAUUAGCAAGCUAACAGUGUUGGCAUGGAAGUGUCCUGCCAGAACAGUUGAGAGAUGCCAUGCCAGGCAUUUUGCUCCGACCCUUGACUGUCACCAAGACAAGUAUCAAGCUCCUGGAUAGACAUUGGUCCAUUUCCCAGUAUCUUCCAAGUAGCCAGGCCUACCGGCACCAACGUGGAUGUCUCCGUUUAUGCCAAACAAAGGGGUACUUCAUUGGAGCCAGCCAGAACAAUAGCUUGGAUAUGGACCCGCCCACGCUUCCCCUACACGGAUGGAUAUCAUCUUUAAACACCAUAUCUCACCCAUGCUAUCACCGUAUCGAAUUCAACAUGUUUAUUGAUCAAAUCUUGGACAUCCGGAAGACUUUGUGAUUAUUUGACACGCUACUGGGCCCCGGAGCAGUAUUUUCGGGUGCUCCGAAGGUGGAGAACCAAACGUUAUGUUGACGUUUGCUCUCGUUAACCCAGCCCGGUAUUCUUCUAUAGAGAAUACCUGGUACAAGGUUGCGCCCAAGAAAUUGCCAAUCAAGACAGUAACUCUAUUUCUUUGGACAAACCGCUAUUUUUGAUACGUUUCAGGCCUUGUUACCGAUGAGCCAGGCCUUAUGUCCGAGUGAGCCUCUCACCCAAUUCGCUCUUUUGGUUCACUGACAUUUCCUGUCGUUUUUUUUGAGUGUUGUUGCUUUUCCUUAUCGCUAUUUUAAUUUUCUUCCUUGUAUGUACUUGCUACUCCUGUUUUAGCGCUCUGAGUGGGUUAUCCAGAUUGUAUGUUGAACCUAUCAAGCGUGUACAUAUUGUAUUUCUUUUAUUGUCUUUUACGUCGCUUUACAUUUGUAGCGACAAUGGGUGGCAGUUUGUGUACUAUUCGGGUGUUGGGGGAUUAUUAGAAAGAAGAAGAGGAAAGUAUGGACUCAUGAAUAGAUACCUGACCGAGUAGAAUGAUACAUGUUAAUUGGUCAAUUGACCUGUUAUAAAAUAAUCAAGGCUGGCAAUGGCUAAGGUAUGAUAGCAUCA